AAAUGGCAAAACCGAGCCGACAAAGCUCACUCGGCUUCUGGAAAAACAUCACAAGCGUCUUUGACCUAGCACCUCUCUGGCUCCCGCCAAACCUCCCUGAUAUCGCCCUGUUUCCCCCCAAAGCCCUAACUUCUCAUCAUUCUGUUAACACCAUUGUCUAACUUUUUGUCGAUUCAACUAUUCUUACUGCAAUUUUUGGCACUUUUUGCUGAAUUGAAUUGAUUGCUGAUUGGACGCGAAGGCAAAGAGCGGGAGAUGUCACAGAAGUUCUCGCCAGCUCUUCGGAUUGGAGAUCUCAAUGAUUUCAUAGCGCCAUCUCAGGCAUGCAUAGUCUCUCUCAAGGGAUUAAAGUCUAGCACCACCAAGCCCGACAAGACUGAGGUUUCGAAUGCCAAAAAGCAAUCACAGCCAGAACCUGUCAAGAUUUCUCUGAAGGACUGCUUAGCAUGCAGUGGGUGUGUCACAUCAGCAGAGACAGUUAUGCUUGAGAAACAGGGUUUGGAUGAGUUUCUGUCCAAUAUUAAUAAAGGAAAGGCUGUGAUUGUGUCUCUCUCCCCCCAGUCAAGGGCUUCACUUGCAGUUCAUUUUGGCAUUUCUCCACUUCAGGUUUUCAGAAAGUUGACAAGAUUUCUCAAAUCCUUGGGAGUGAAGGCAGUUUUUGAUACAAGUUGCAGCAGAGACCUAACGCUUAUUGAAUCUUGUAAUGAGUUUAUCUCAAGGUAUAAACAGAACCAAUUGGUUGAUGCUGAGUGUUCUAAAUCAGACCUACCGAUGAUUGCAUCAGCAUGCCCAGGCUGGAUAUGCUAUGCCGAAAAGCAACUUGGAUCCUUUGUUCUGCCUUAUAUUUCAACAGUCAAGAGUCCUCAGCAAACAAUUGGAGCUAUCUUAAAGCACCAUGCAUGCCAAGAUAUGGGAUUUAGAGCUGAGGAAGUUUACCAUGUUACUGUGAUGCCUUGUUAUGAUAAAAAGCUGGAGGCUUCUAGGGAUGACUUUGUUUUUGACUUGGAGUUCCAUGAAAAUACGGAUCAGAGUGAGUUUAAUAGAAUUCCAGAGGUAGAUUCAGUAUUGACAACUGGAGAGGUUUUGGAAUUACUUCAGUUAAAAGAAGUUGAUUUCGGGAGUUUGGAAGAGUCCCCUUUGGAUAGACUGCUGACAAAUGUUAAUGAAGAAGGAUACCUUUAUGGGGUCCGUGGAAGCUCUGGAGGUUAUGCAGAAACAAUUUUCCGAAAUGCAGCAAAAACACUAUUUGGAAGACAAAUUGAUGGCCCUCUAAACUUCAAAAAUGUUAGGAAUUCAGAUUUCCAGGAAGUUUCUCUGGAGGUGGAGGGAAAAACUGUGUUGAAAUUUGCUCUAUGUUAUGGUUUCCGAAACUUGCAAAAUAUUGUUAGAAAAGUUAAAAGUGGGAAAUGUGAUUACCAUUUCCUGGAGAUCAUGGCAUGCCCUUCAGGUUGCUUGAAUGGUGGAGGUCAAAUCAAGCCAAAGCCAGGACAAUCUCCGAAAGAGUUGAGUGAAUUAUUGGAAAUUGCAUAUAUGGAAAAUGUUUUGGUAGCGGAUCCCUUUAAGAAUCCUAUUGUGAGAAGUUUAUAUGACAAGUGGCUUGAGCAGCCCGGGUCUGAAAAAGCUAGGAAACGCAUUCACACGGAUUAUCAUCCUGUUGAGAAAAGCAUUACUUCUCAGUUGAACUGGUGAGAAGAUUCGGCUUAGAAGACGUUAAUGACCUUCAUUCCCUUUCCGGUGUGGAGUUGAAAGUUUUGUAUUCAUUAUUGUCAAGGCAGAUAUUACAGAAGUAAAAACCAUAAAUUACACAGGCAGGGGAGGUCGAGCAAAGUGAAGGAUAAGGAUGAUAAAAACACGGGUCAGCAGUAUCGCCAAGACUUUUAAGGGUAUGUAUGGAUUGAAGAAAGAAGGGAUUGUGUUGAAUUAUAUUUAAAUAAUAAUCUAUUCCUUCAAGUCAAUCCUUUCCCAAUCCAAAUAUUCCCUUUGUGAAACCUGUUUAGCUAAAGCCUUGAGGUCAUUUCAGCAAUAAAAGCCAUACAAAGAAUGUACAUGGAUGAUUCAGGUUUGUAAAUAAAUAUGAACUUGAGUUCAUGUUUUGGAGCACUGGCUUUAACGCUCUGGAUUUAUGCUUGUUAAUUUAAUUGUAAUCUCACCUCGUGAUCUUUGGGUUUUCAUCUCGAGAUUAUUAUGGAAUUACGUGUUGCUAGAGAUUGAUUAUUCAUAUUGGUUUUUGGCCAGCUUGAA